AUGUCACUGGUAUUUGACCAAAACAGCAAGAGCAGAAAGAAAACCAUCAAUCCUGUGAUUGAAAACCUACUGAAAGAGCCCAUCUCUUUCCAACUCGCAAAGUACCCGGACAAGGUGUCAAUCAAGCCGUCCAGCUACACCGUCUUCAAGGGCUACAAAAAGGGCAAAACCCCAGACGCCUCCGCCGCUGCCAGCCCCGAGCCCAACACACGUCCCGAACCCGAAAGAAUGACUCGUCCAAAGUCACUCGCAGAGGCGCUUGCCAACUACGCAGGCCAGAAGCCGGCUGAGGACGCCGACUCCGGUCAGCCAGCCUCGAAGAAGAAAAAGGCCAGCACCCCUAAGGCCGAUCAAAAGCAAAGACUGAAAAAGUUGUUGCUACAGCAGUCAAAAGGAUCAGAUGCGAUCACCAGCGAAGAAGACGAGACCGAUGAGAAAGUCCGCAGCACGGACGAACCCGAACUUGCUGAGAUAAAAAACGAAGAAGAAGACGACGAUGAGGAUAACGGCGAUGAAGACGAAGAUGGCCAAGAGGAAGACGACGACGACGACGAAGACGACGACGAAGAUUUCCAUACCGCCGAAUCCGAAGAAGAUAACGACGAGGAGGACGAUGAUGAUAAUGACGGCGAAGAUGAGUCUGUCUCCGACGAGGAAGACAACGAUGAUGGAGAGUCAAACAACAACGACAAUGAAGAAAUCGACGAAGAGUCGUUGCGUGGGUCUUCGGAUGUAAUCGAUCCCCUCAAAAAAGACUUGAAGGAGGACACUCUAACCAGCAAAGUUUUAGACAACCAACCAGUCGACACCCCGCCAACCUCUAACAACGACGACGAUGAGUACAACGACAAGGCACAGCUAAUCAAUACCGAAUAUCCAAAUCAAGAUUUCUGGGAUUUAAGCGAAUCACCAAACGAUCAUGGCACAAAUGAUCCUAAAAGAAUAGACAAAAGCUGGGGAGAUUUCAUAGAAGGUCACACCUCUCUUGGCUUGUUGAACCAUGGUGUCACAUGCUAUAUGAAUGCGGCUGUACAAUCUAUGUGCCACAUUCCUUCCUUAACGCAUUACCUGAUUGACGUUUACAAGGGGAAAUACGAUGAUAAGAUAGCUCCAGAUUCCGUCACGAAGGUAUUGGCAUCCACCGUUGCCAAAAUGUACAGAAUAGGCCACAACAAGAAAAUCAUUUAUAUCAAUUCCAAGAAAUUAUGCAAGCGAUUGAAUGACAUCAAUUGCAUGAUGUCUGAAUGGCAACAAGAAGAUUCCCACGAAUAUUACAUGUCCUUGAUGUCAAGGUUACAAGAAGAUUCAACUCCAAAGGGUGUCAAGUUGAACAAAAGCAUUAUCUACGAUAUAUUUGGUGGGCUGCUAGAUCAAACGGUUACUUGCAAAAAUUGUGGUCAUAUCUCGACAACACAACAAGAAUUUUACGAUCUAUCUUUGGGUCUAGAUAGCCGGAAAAAGAGAACCAGUCUAAUGGUCGAUCCUCAACAAUUGUAUCAGUUGAGAGACCAAAUUGAAAAGUGUGACUCUUCUUCUAAGGAAGCAAAAAUCCAACUAUCUAAGAUAUUGCAACAAAGAAUCUUACUGGCUCAAGAAGAGAGUAACGACUCGAAGUCUCCGGAACAGGAGGAAGAAAAUAGCUCCAGCAAUGGUAAGAAUACACAGGAACAGAAUGAAUCUCGAGAUAAGGAUCAAACUCCGGGACAGAAGCAGGAUCAACUAUCAGCAGAUAAACCAAAUUCCCACCCACAGUCUCAAUCAUCACAGCAAGAACAGCCGUCUUCGAUGGCUCAAAAUGCUUCUCGGAAAUAUUUGCUUGAAAAUUCAAUAAGAGAUUUCUUCACUCCAGAAAUCAUAAAAACCGAUAAAAGAGAUCAAUCUGGCUAUGUAUGUGAAAAAUGUAACAUCAAAACAAAUGCUAUCAAGAUUUCCACCAUCCAAAGGUCGCCUGAAACGUUAUCUAUCCAUUUGAAAAGAUUCAGGUUCAAUGGGCAACAAUCCCAAAAAGUUAAGGCCAAUGUGAAAUAUCCCGAGAUUUUGGAUUUAACGAGCUUUACAACCGACAUGUCGACACCAACAAGAUACAAAUUGACUAGUGUGAUCAUCCAUCAGGGGCGCUCUGUUUCCUCUGGACAUUAUAUAGCACACUGCAGACAGCCAGAUGGAACAUGGGCAACUUACGAUGAUGAGUAUAUUAACAAGAUUCCUAGAGCUAGUGCAUUAUCUGAUCCGGGUGCUUACGUUCUAAUAUAUGAAAGAUUAACAUAUAAGACUGCGAAUGGUGAAGUUGAUGAAGACAAGCUUGUAAAUAACCUAACCACAAGGAAGAGGAAGAGAGUAGAGUCCGGUUCGAGCUCACCACUCAACCCCAAAGCUCAUGCCAAAAGCAGACGAAAGAAAUAA